UAAAUCCCAGCGCCUGUAACAGCAGUGAGUGGGGAAAGCAGAGGGAUGACCAUUUUGUGGCUGCUAAGAGACGCUUUGUGCUGUGUGACCUGUGGAAUCACCGCCCAGCCACUGGCCAGGAACUGCUGUCUCCCCGCAUUGUCCGUGCUCACUGCUCAGGCAGCCGGAAAGAGGCUGUGUAUUCUCCGACAUCUAGGAUCCAGUUACCUCAGGCUGUGAUUGGCCGCACAGUCCCCCGGGCUCUCUGCUACAACCAGCUCUGCUGCUGCACAGUCACAGUGAGUGAAUGCUCUGCAGGACGCAUGGCUGUGCAUCAUCUCUGACCUGAGCAGCAUUGUGUCCCAUCACUUACUGUGCUGCAGCCAGCUCUUACCUUCCAUGUAUUUUACUAUGAGAGCCCAGUCUCUCGCCCACCCCUGGAAUGGGUCAGACCGGGCAUGGCUGUGCCGGUGGCUGGAGGUGACCACGGCGAGCCUGCAGGAACUGCACCAAAUGCGGCAGGAGGCCGAGCAGCGGGUGAGGGGGGUGCUUGGGGACGGGCACUGCAUGGUGAGCCACUCGGCAGCGGAGGAGAGGGGGGCACCUGCAGCAUCUACAGUAAGAAGGCAUAUAGACCCGGAGGACCUCGUUGGCCAGGUCCCAGAGCUAGGUCACAUUCAAGAGGAGGAGGGUGAUGUGCGGCUGUGGGGGUAUAAGGAGAAAGGACAUAAUAAUAUAUCCCUAGGUGCACAAGGUAGACCAGAGUUCCCCAUCUUAUCUUGCAAAUUCUUAGCAGGCCAGGCUCAGGGAGAAACUGCUCACCAUGGCAGGACCUCAGCGGGCCAGGCUCAGGGAGAACCUGCUCAACAUAACAGGCCCUCAUCGGGCCAGGAUCAGGGAGAACCUGCUCACCAUGGCAGGACCUCAGCGGGCCAGGAUCAGGGAGAACCUGCUCACCAUGGCAGGACCUCAGCGGGCCAGGCUCAGGGAGUACCUGCGCACCAUGGCAGGACCUCAGCGGGCCAGGCUCAGGGAGAACCUGAUCACCAUGGCAGGACCUCAGCGGGCCAGGCUCAGGGAGUACCUGCGCACCAUGGCAGGACCUCAGCGGGCCAGACUCAUUGGAGGACUUCAGCAGGACAGAACCAGGAGAAGAAGGUUGUAACCGGUACCAUGGAUAAGACCCAGGGACCCACGUGGGCCAGAUCACUUGCUGCAGAAGCAGAGGUUGUGGAUCACAUGGAAGAGAUUCCUGUAUUGAAUGAAGGGAGCGAGCGGCCACUCUCUGUUUUCUCCUCUGAGCCUGCAUCCCUGCGCAGAAUUGGAUCUGGGUCUUUGGCACCGCGUCUCAGAUUGGGGAGUUCUGGAGUAACUAGCGAUCUUCUGUAUACAAGGAGGAUGAGUGGGAACUGUUUAUCUGCUCAUAGCUCAGGCUUCUAUGAAACCAGCGAUUUGGACUCCACUUCCUCCUCUUGCUCUUCCCUUUGCAGUGACACCUCCUGCCACACAUCCACCUCUGUCAUGUCCCCACACCGAAGCUUGUCCAUGCGACCCAGGUCUAUAGACUGCGCUGCUGAGCGCAGAAAAGAGCUGCAAAAUGGGAGGGUGCAAACAAAGAGACCAAUGUCUGCAGGGGCUGUGGAUGGAUUUUUCCUACUGUCUGUUUACAAUUCCCGAUGUGACAUCACACAAAGUAAUCAUACGACACCUUAUGACUAUCCGUUCUCUGACCCUCCCCCACUCUGCGCAAUCCAGCAGCGGUGCAAAGCUGAGCGUUAUAUCUGUAAGCUGGCUCUUAAAUACCGCUGUAAGCCAGGAGUGACUACUCUUCCAGCUGACCUUGGACCUCCAAAUUCUAGACGGCAAGUCCUGCCUUUCCUGCAUCCUGAUUGCCAUGCCAGCUGUCCUCUAUCACCACAAGUUUCUUCUAUAUCUAUCAGCUUAGGAGAUGUACGCAAACACCCGAGGGGUUCAUGGGGCCGGUUCCUUAGUCGAAUAAUGCUUAGGCGGGACUCAAGGUCCACAGCUUCUGAGUUAAACCUUGAUCAGUGUGGCCAAAGUCCACAAGGUACCCUGCGAGGUUCACCAUUGGCAGAAAGCCAACUCCUGCGGGCAAAAUCUGUCCGUGAUUUGCUAUCUGUUAACCCAUUUAAGAGAAGUCAAAGGGGGCUGAACAAAGCAUGGUAGCUCUACAGCUGGAGAGACUGAAGGUUGGAAAUGUCACCAAGCCCAGCAAUAGUCCUGAUGACUAGCUCUUCACAGUGCUGUGAUUUCUGUGUAAAUAUAUAUAUAUAUAUAUAUAUAUAUAUAUAUAUAUAUAUAUAUAUAUGUAUAUGUAUGUAUACAAAAAUGUAUAUUCAAAUUAAAAACAAAUUAAUCAGGAAAAACUUGAGUGUAUUUAGACUAAUAUAAAUAAUAUGCUUGUACACUUUGUAAUGCCAUUAUCCUCCCAUGCACAAAGUCUCGAUCCACACUGUUUUCCUCUGCUCAGCUCAGGAUCCUUCCUCCUCUGUACAUCAAUACCUGGUGGCUCUUUAUUCAUUAGGAUGGAGGUGGACAAUCAAUAAUAAAUCCAUUGUAACAUGAGAA